AUGCCUAAACUAACCAAAGGUCGCCAAAAGAUCGAGAUGAAGAAAAUACCAGAUGAAAGAAACUUGGCUGUCACUUUCUCCAAACGUUAUUCUGGUAUUUUCAAGAAGGCAAGCGAGCUCUGCACCCUCUGUGGGGUGGAUAUUGCAAUCCUUAUAUUCUCCCCAACUAAAAAGGCAUUCUCAUUUGGCCAUCCAUGUGUUGAGACGAUUAUAGAUCGCUACCUGGCUCAACAUCCUCCUCCAAGUUCAAGCAUAUCUCAGUUUCUGGAGUUUCAUCGCAAUGCCAACACCCAAGAACUCACCGGACAACUUGCCAACAUACUUCGACAACUCGAAGCUGAGAAAAAGACCGGUGAGGAACUUGACAAGAUGAAGAAAAUAAAUCAAGACAGGUGUUGGUGGGAAGCUCCGAUAGAUACUCUAGGAGUUGAACAGCUUGAGCAACUGAAGAUGGCAAUGCUGGAAUUGAAGAAGAACGCUGAGAAGCAAGCCGAGAGGCUUAAGGUGGAGGCAGCUAACCGUAAACCAACAAUCCCCAUAUCUGAUUCUACCGAGGCAGAUGCUGCAGGCCCAUCCAUGUCUAGGGAUAUGGAUUGA